CCAUAGCAAUGGUCAAAUCCGGUUUACAGUGAAGAGGCGGGGUUUAGAGGUCAGUGUGACACCGGUACAUGUGGUGUCUGUCAUGGCUGGACUGGUGGACUUCAAGAACGAGGAGGAGGUAAAGGAAUACCUGGACAAUCUGGGGGUGGAGUACCACUAUGCGUGCUACAAGGAGAAGCAGCCUGAUGGCUGUCAUCGUUUAGCUGAAUACUUGGAAAACAUUAAGAAAGACUUUGUAGCAACGGCAAAAGUGCUGAAACACAACUGUGAAGAGAACGGGCAGAGCGAGAGCUGCUUCAAGUUGGGGGCUUAUCACAUAACUGGGAAAGGGGGAGUACCAUUAGAUCUGCAAGCUGCUUACAACUGCUUCCUAAAAUCCUGCAUCAAGGGAGGGAGAAAAUCUUUAGACUCCUGCCAUAACGUCGGCUUGCUAUUACAAGACGGCCAUGUGAACGAUAAGAAACCUGACCCCGUUGCUGCCAUAGACUAUUACACAAAGGCCUGCGAUGGCAAGUUUUCUGCAAGCUGCUUUAAUCUGAGUGCAAUGUACUUACAAGGAACUCCGGAGCUACCCAAGGACAUGAGCAAAGCCCUGCACUACUCUGAGAGAGCCUGUGAUCUGGGACACGUAUGGGCAUGCGCCAAUGCCAGCCGAAUCUAUAAACUGGGGGACGGAGUCGGUAAAGAUGGCGUCAAAGCAGAAUCCUUGAAGAACCGCGCUAAAGAACUAUACAGACAGCAAAACGAAGCAGAACAGAUUACCUUUGGAGAAUGACAGACAAGGAUUGUACACAGAAGAUUUCUAGCUAUUUCUCCAUGUGUGAGCUGAGAUGAGAACACCCAAUAGGUGACAAUAAUGUGUCACUAGGUGUCCUCAUCUCAGGCUUUCUACACUUUUUAAAUCCAAAAUGUUUGAUUUGAUUUUUUUUCCUUGAGGGACCCUGAUUUUUCUCCUACCUGUAUCUUUAAACCCUACCUGGAUAACAUUUAAUUUGUUAAAUAUUAUGUAUCAUAAAAUACUGCCAUCUUUUCAUAAAAUACUUGAUUUGA